GUAUCCCGAUGCGCAACGCGGCUCGCAGGCGCGCCACCGACUCGCUUUCAUCUGGCGGAGGCGGCUGGUAACCCAUGGUGCGAUGUUGCGGCGGAAACCGACCCGGCUCGAACUGAAGCUGGACGACAUCGAAGAGUUUGAGAGCAUGAAGAAGGAGCUGGAAAAUCAGAAAAAGCAACAGCGAGAGGAAGGAGAAAUGGUGAGUUCCAGUGAUGUUGACAGUGCAAAUGGAGCAAGAGAUGAGGCUAAAGUGCGAGAGAAGAUAAACGAGCGAAUUGGAUAUCGGCCAAAUUCUCACGUCAACAAACCUUUCUCUUUGUUUGGGAAUCUCCACUGACAGAUGCCGUAUUAUCGGGGUACAAGUUCAGAAUCUGUACCCGAUUUGUUUGGGAUUGUGAACUCAAGGACGUGCAAAGGCCUGUGUCAGAGUAAACUUGGUGCACGACUGGUCUUUCAGUGAGGGUGGCAUUGAUUGUGAUUAAAAUGGAGUGAAACUCACUGA